AUGGCCCGUCCGCCGCUGCCCGCCGCCGCCGCCGCCUUGUUGGCCGCCGCUCUGCUGCACUGCGUGCCCGCCGCCCCCGCCCGCCGCCACAAGCCGGACGUGUCCCGAAAGCAUCACACCUGGAAGGAGCAGAGUCAUUGGCUGUCGUCCUUGCUGAACGCGGUGGGGACCGGUGGGCCUGCCAAGGGCUUCCCGGGGCGUGUGGAGGAGCAGGCGGCUCGCUGGAACCCGCCCCGCUGCGGUGUCCCGGACCUGCCGGUGCUGCCGGAUGGCCAGAACGGGCGGAACCGGCAGAAGCGGUUCGUCCUCUCCGGCGGGCGCUGGGACAAGACCGACCUCACCUACAAAAUUAUCAGGUUCCCAUGGCAACUUGUAAAAGCUAAAGUGAGGAGGACCAUCGAGGAGGCUUUGAAAGUCUGGAGCGAUGUGACCCCGCUGACCUUCACGGAGGUGCAGGAGGGACGGGCUGACAUCGUCAUUGAUUUCACAAGGUAUUGGCAUGGAGACAACUUACCUUUUGAUGGGCCUGGAGGGAUCCUGGCCCAUGCCUUCUUCCCCAAGACACACCGGGAAGGAGAUGUCCACUUUGACUAUGAUGAGACCUGGACGAUUGGGAACAACCUGGGCACUGACCUCCUGCAAGUGGCUGCUCAUGAGUUUGGCCACGUCCUGGGCCUGCAGCACACGGCUGUCUCCAAGUCCCUGAUGUCUCCUUUCUACAUCUUCCGCUACCCGCUAAGCCUGAGCGAGGAUGACAAGCAGGGCAUCCAGUACCUCUAUGGGAAACCCAAACUGCAUCCCAACCCAACCCCAACUCAGCCAUCAGAGCUCCCCCAGCCAGACCUUGAAACGAACGAGAUCACCAACGUGGAGCCUGCGCAGCCCCAGGCCUGCGGCACAGCUUUCGACGCAGCGGCCACCAUCCGAGGGGAGCUCUUCUUCUUCAAGUCUCGCUAUGUCUGGCGGCUGCGGGCCAGGAAGCUGCAGGACGGCUACCCAGCUCUGGCCUCCCGCCACUGGCAGGGGAUCCCCAGCUCUGUCGAUGCCACCUUCGAGGACCCUCUGGGCAAUAUCUGGUUUUUCCAAGAUUCUCAGUACUGGAUUUAUGACGGUGAGAGACGGGUAUCUGGUCCCACCUCAAUCACAGAGCUGGGCCUCCCUGCAUCCCCUGUGCAGGCAGCUCUAGUGUGGGGGGCUGAGAAGAACAAGAUCUACAUCUUCAGUGGAGGCAACUACUGGCGCUUCAACCCUCGCACCCGCCAGGUGGACAACAUCUACCCCCGGACCAUGGCUGACUGGCGAGGCGUCCCUCAGGAGAUUGAUGCAGCUUUUCAGGAUGAGUUUGGUUUUGCCUAUUUCCUGAGAGGCCGAGAUUACUGGAAGUUUGAUCCAGUCCAGGUGAAAGUGCUGGAGGGCUUCCCACGCCAGAUCAGCCAGGACUUUUUCAGCUGUACACCUGCCUCCAACUCCUUCAGAUGA